AUGGGUUCUUCUUCAGAUGCAAUCGAGUCAAACGAGGGCCAGCCUCGAGCCUGGAAAGCACAAGAUGUUAGCCGCGACACGUCCUGGGCGAUGCGCCUUACUCCCAAACAAGCAGAAGGCUUUACCUCAGCUCUCAAACAUGCGAAGCAAAUAGGCAAACCUCUUCUUGAGAUGACUCGAGCAGACUACCCUUUGCCCGAUACCUCACGCCAUGCGCUCGAACAGGCCGUCGAAACAACACAAGGUCGGUGGGGUAUGUGUCUUGUCAAGGGCUUCCCUACAGAUGACUGGAGUGAGGCAGACAUGCGCCUGGCUUACUGGGGCAUGAGCCUUUACAUGGGCGUGACCAGGCCACAGAAUCGGGCUAGCGAGGUCAUCAACGACGUACGAGACGCUGGCGGUAGUUACAAAGUCAAAGGAGGUCGUGGCUACAACACAAACGCUGAGCUUGACUUUCACCAAGACUCGGCCGACGUGGUGUCUCUUCUCUGUAGGCGAACUGCAAAGUCUGGUGGUACCAGCAAGGUCUUGAGCUCCAUUGCUUUGCGGGACCGCGUCCAAGAACUGCGGCCCGAUCUCAUCCCGGUACUACAAGCCAACAAUUGGUUUCAUAGUUUCCAAGGCCAUCAGGACCUUGCGCAGCCGGAGUUCUAUCGCUGUCCAAUCUUUGGAAACGAUCCCGAACACUUUUGCGCACGCGCGAAUCGCAAAAACACACUUGCGGCGCAGACUGACUUUGCCCGAGUCCCUCGUUUGACAGCACAGCAAACAGAAGCACUCGAUCUCUUGGACUCCAUCAUGCCAUCAGAGGAGUUUUGCUAUUCCAUGGAGUUGGAAAGGGGAGACAUGCAGCUGCUAAACAGCUUUGUCACUCUUCAUUCGAGAACUUCGUUUGAAGACUUUGAAAACCCUGAUCAAAAACGCCAUCUUAUGCGUCUGUGGCUGUCCAUUCCCAUCUCGAUGCCGCUUCCCGCAGAAUGGGCAGAGUAUUGGGGUGAUGUCAGAGCUGGAUCUGUCCGAGGUGGUUAUAGAGGGACUGCAAUCACAUCCGAAUUCUUGGAAUAUGAGAAGAGGCAAUCAGAGGUCAUGAAAAUGGCAUUUACUCCUUGGAAGCCCCUGAUUUGCAAAGAGGACAUGGCCGCAAUAUUACAGGCACCGUAA